AUCUAAAUUUUAUCAUAAUUCACAACACAACACAUCUUCAUUCUACUCUCAAUUGAAAGCAAUGGACCAAAUUGAACGUGAUAUUGCCGGUCCUCGAAACGAUGCUGUGUUAACGCUUCAACAGAAACAUCGUUCAAGACGCGUUUGGGAAGAGGAAGAGUUUCUUGAUGCAAAAGUUUUUUGUUGCCGGUAUGACGCCGGCGUUGAAAGCUCUUACGAAGAUGAUCGAAUAGAGACAAAUCUCAGAACUGCUGGUUUUUAUGGGGUGCAUCGUGUUCAACCCAUUAAAUUGGAUCACAGUUUAAUCACGGCCCUAUUGGAACGGUGGAGACCGGAGGUUCAUGCCUUUCAGUUCCCUUUUGGCGAAUUAGGGAUUACCUUACAAGAUGUGGAGUGUCUUCUUGGAUUACCUGUGGAUGGUGAACCCAUUGUUUUUACGCAAAAUGUUCUGCGGGAAACCUAUUCACAAUUAUUUUUGAGGGUUCUUGACUUUCCGGUGGAUGACACUGAUUUUGGGUCAUUGGGGUUUAACUUGCGUAGACUAGAAGGUCGAGACCCAUUGUCUGAGGAUAGCAUUGAUGAGGAAGCAGUUCAGUAUACUACAGGGAUUAUUUUACAGUUGAUUGGAGUUCCAAAAGUCAAAAGUGGACAAAGACAGUGGGACGGAGGUAGUAGUACAUUUGGUACAAUACUUCACGUGUAUGCUUGAAAAGGCAUGAAAAAUGCUAGGGGUACACCUUUCCCCACCCCCUCCUUGUCCACUAAAAAAGGCAAAAAAAUUUAAAAAAAUAAGUAAAUAAAAAUCAAAUAAAAAUGUGUGGUGGAAAAGAGGGUGGUGUACAUUUGGGGUACACCUUUUGGUGUACCCCUAGCAUUGCUCAAAAGGCAUUCAUCACAAAUCGUCUAGCUUUUCCUUCUCUUAUUUCUCAUUCACCAUUUCAUCUUUCCAUUUCUUCUCAUUCUUAGAUUCCGCCAUUCAGUUCUAUGGGGGAACACUGAACUUCUUUUUCCCUGCCAUCUACCUAUUUCAAUUCCCUUGGCCCUUCAAUAAGAUCAAUAGAUCAGUGCAGAAUUCAAAUACCACUUCUUCAACCCUGUAAAUACAAGAUCAGUCAUUCAACAUACAUACAAUUCAACCAAAUUCAGGUUUAACAAAAACUACAUCAUGUGUACUUUCCUGCUACAUCUCCAAUGCAAACAAACCAAGCGAAGAGGAUGAAAUUGAUUAAAGUUACGUUGUAUAGAGUUCACUUGAAGCUAAUGUUUGAGAUGCUUUGUUUGUAACUUUCAUGUUAUGAACUGGAGUGCAAUGAAUCAUGAAUGUUUUUUUCUUCUUUUUUUGGUAGAACCAAGAAGUGAUUUGUAUUCAGUGUAUUCAAUGCUUAAAGUUAACUCCUAACAUUCAGUGUAUUCAAGGCUCUGGUCAUAUGCUCUUCCCUAUAUAAUAAUUGGUCAUAUGCUAUUCUCUAUUUAAUGGAAAGCAUUUUCCAAUUUCACAUUAUCUCCUCUACAUCUAUUCAACAAGAGAAAAAUGCUUUCCAAUGUAUUUUUGAAGCUGUGUUUUUUCACUGUUUGUUUCACUUGUGCAUGUCUCAUCAGCGUACAUAAUUCUGCCUAAUGACAUUGAAAGGAUAUCAAGCCAUGUUCAAUGAAUAGUAGUAGUACACUAUUCAAUAGCAAUCAGAUGUACCCAUGCAUUGUUGUUACAUCAUAAUAUCAAAUCAUGUUUAUUCUUUCACAUAACAAUGGUCUACUUAAUACCCCUUCACAGAUUCAAAAAUAUUUUACCCUUCUACUUUUACUCCCAAAAGAAUUGACUAAUUAAAUCUACAAAUUCAAACUUUUAUAUGCUAAAAAAUAGUUUAAAAGCAUCCACCAGCUCUCAAAUAUGCCAAAACAUUUUUUUAUGUUAUCGUAUAACUUUGUUAACUUAAAGUAUUCUUAUAAUUCUUUAAAUCGAAAUGUUCAGUUCUAAUUUUGUGUUAAAAUACACGAUUUCAUUAUUACACUGCAAGCAGGUGUAUUAAUUCUAUAUAUUAUUUAAAAUUUGGUUUGCAAAUUCUUUUGUUGAUAAAUUUCUGAGCAGUAAUUAAGUGUUUUCUUCUACUUAAUUGAAAGAAUUAAGUUGUUAUAAUUUAAUAUUGCUCAAAAUAUGUACACACACACAUUGUAUUAUCUGUUCUACCAGAGUUAUAGUGAAUGAGAUGGUCGUCCCAUAUUUUUACAGUUCCUAUUAAGUUUGUUUGAAUAUUUUUUAUUUGCAAAGGUCUAACUAAAUUUAGGUAGUUUCUAUCUCCUACCAAACCCUAGAAUCCCAUGGAUUAAUACAAAGUACUUCGUAUAAAAAACGUACUCCAUAUGAAUGCAUCAAGAUAUUCUGAGUGAAUUUAAAUCAGUAGGACUAGGAGCAAGGUAAAAAGUACACUUGCAGUUGCAUUUGAUCUGACAAGUAAAUGCACUGGAUAUGACUUAAUUUUUUAAUAUUUAAACUGACAAGUACAAUUUUGUUUUGUCAUAUGUUGGAUGAUCAAUAAAACUUGCCUACUGAUGGAUGAUUCAAUGUAUAUGGAUGAUUUCAAAUCACUACCAGCAAGGUAAAAAG